UGACCAUUUCGCGGGUUUGUAACCGCCAAAGAUUCGUUGGCCCGCCAUAGUCUCCGAGUUCAAGCACAAACGCAUCUUCAGAUCUCCACUCUAUUCUCAGGAAAUUUUUGUGCAUUUUCAAUCCAAAUUGAACUGCCCCUUUCAGUUGAUCUUCUCGCAUUUUCUCUGAUUUUUUCUUUCACGUUCGGAUGUUGUGAGAGCUACGACAAAGAGCGAGCGGCAAUGGAGAUUUCGCACGCCGGAGCGUCGUUCUCGUCGAGCAUAGGAGAUUCGACAGAGUUCGAAGCCGAGCUGUCGCUCAGCGACAAGCUCAAAAUCUUCAAACCUUCUAAUUUCGAUCCCGAAGGCUAUGUCACCAGUAAAUGCCGUAACAUGAGCGAAAAGGAAAUCAGAUACUUGCGCUGUUACCUUGUUGAUCUAAAGAAGGCAUCUGCAGAGGAGAUGCGCAAAAGUGUCUACGCUAAUUAUUCAGCUUUUAUUCGUACAUCUAGAGAGAUUUCUGAUCUUGAAGGACAGCUACUUUCUUUGAGACACCUUCUAUCUACUCAGGCAGGUCUUGUUCAUGGUUUAGCUGAAGGGGUUCGUCUUGAAUCAUUCUGUUCUGGUUCUGAAGGUUCAGUAAAAGAGGACAGAUUUGAUUUUGAGGAUAAGGGGCCUUCAAAUGCAGAAAAAUGGUUAGCAGAAUUUUUGGAGAACCUUGAGGUUUUGCUGGCUGAAAGAAGAGUGGAUGAGGCUCUAGCUGCAUUGGAUGAAGGAGACAAUGUGGCGAAUGAUGCUACUAGCCAGAAGAAAUUGUCCCCAUCUGCACGCUCAUCGCUGAAGGCUACUAUCAUAGAACAGAGGCAAAGAUUAGCUGAUCAACUUGCAGAAGCUGCUUUCCACUCUUCCACUCGUAGUGAUGAGCUUCGCUCAGCAGUUCAAGCUCUAAAACAGCUCGGGGAUGGUCCCCGUGCUCACGACUUGCUACUGAAGUCUCACCACCGGAAGUUGAAGUACAAUAUGCAGGGUCUUCACCCUUCAGGCACUUCGGAUGGAGGGGCUUACACUACUGCACUUUCACAACUUGUAUUUUCAACUAUUGCACAGGCUGCAAGUGAUUCUUUGGCUGUAUUUGGAGAUGAGCCUGCAUACGCAUCUGAACUUGUCACUUGGGCUGUCAAGCAGGCCGAGGCUUUCUCUCUUCUCGUGAAGAGACACGUCCUAGCCUCAUCAGCAGCAGCGGGCAGCUUAAGAGUUGUUUCUGAGUCUGUUCAGAUAUGCUUGGGUCACUGCUCAUUGUUAGAAUCUCGUGGUUUGGUCCUGUCACCUGUCCUCUUGAGACUCUUUAGGCCAUGUGUAGAACAAGCAUUAACUGCCAACUUACAACGGAUCGAACAUAGCACUGCUGCAUUGGUAGCUGCAGAUGAUUGGUCACUUGCUUAUCCACCAAUUGGUGCACGCCAUCUAAAUACUGCAUUUCUUGGUAGUGUGAUUGCAUCACAACCAAAGCUUUCUAGCAGUGCUCAGAGAUUUAACUCAAUGGCUCAGGAACUCUGUGAAGAUGUCAGGCCCCUUGAGAGCCUGCAGUUUGCUGACCAUGCAUUGGAAGGCCUAGUACAAGCUUUCAACUCAUAUGUCAAUAUGCUCAUAAAUGCACUGCCAGGUUCAAUGGAGACAGAGAACCUAGAGGGGUCUGGGAGUAAAAUUGUAAGGACGGCAGAGACUGAAACACAACAGACAGCUCUACUAGCUAAUGCAUUGUUGUUAGCAGAUGAGCUCCUCCCACGUGCUGCUACCAAGCUGUCAUCCUUGAACCAGGCUACUCGAAUCGAUGAGCCCCCUCGAAGACCUUCAGACAGACAAAGCCGUGCUCCUGAGCAAAGAGAACUGAAGAAGAGGCUUCAGCGCUUCGUUGAUCAUUUGCGAGACAGCUUCUGUAGACAACAUGCCCUUGAGCUCAUCUUCACAGAAGAUGGUGGUGUCCGCCUCAGCGCAGAGAUGUACAUAAGCAUGGAUGGAAAUGCACAAGAGCCCGAGUGGUUUCCUUCUACAAUAUAUCAGGAACUAUUUGCAAAGUUAACUAGGAUUGCAGCCAUUGCAUCAGACAUGUUUGUGGGAAGAGAAAGGUUUGCAACUAUGCUAUUGAUGAGACUCACAGAGACUGUCAUCUUGUGGCUUUCUGAUGACCAAAUCUUUUGGGACGAGAUCGAGCAGGGAUCAAAGGCUCUAGGCCCUCUAGGCCUUCAACAGUUUUAUUUGGACAUGCAGUUUGUCAUACUCUUUUCAUCCCAAGGCCGUUACUUAUCUCGAAACCUUCAUCAAGUUAUCAAAAAUAUCAUAGGUAGAGCCAUUGAAUCAGUUGCUGCAACUGGAAUAGAUCCUUAUAGUAUUUUGCCGGAGGAUGACUGGUUUGCUGAAGUGGCUCAAAUAGCAAUAAAGAUGUUGAUGGGAAAGGCCGACUUUGGCGAUGUAGAUGAAGAAAUUCUCAGUCCCACUGCAUCUGAUCAGCAAAAUCUUUAUCAGCAGCCUUGAGCAACUAGUGUUUGGCUCUUGAUCGCUGUGGACAGGGUAUAGAGUACGGAGUAGGUAUUUAUCUCCUCCAUAUCUAGCUAUUUUCAUAGAAAAAUAUUAUUCAUACAUUUUUUUUACAUAGAAAUAUCUUUUUUGUUUUUUUGCUAUCAAUGAAAUUAUACGGUCAUUACCCUUUAAAUGUACACGAAAUUAUUACGUUACUCCCCCGAUGUGGGCUACAUCAAAGAGGAGGCGUGAGCCCUCUCCUCCGAUGUGGGCAACAUCAAAGGGGAGGCGUGAGCCCUCUCUUGCAUGUCCACAUAAGGCAUGUGACACAGAAAAGAGAACAUUUAUGUAAAUAUAUAUUAGGUAAUUACAUGAAUAGCAAUUUUAUAGUUAUGAACCAUUUUGAUAAUAUUUUGUACUAAAGUU